GAGGAAGGGGCGAGGCCCGGAGGAGAAGGAGGAGAAGCCCAGGCCGGGCCAACAGUCAACAGGACGCUGCUGGAGAGAGUGUCCCCUGGCCUGAAGCUGGUGUAACCCGGCCCGGCAUGGAGCCCGACUGCGGCCUGGAGCACUUCUUGCAGCAGGUGGCGCAGAGGGAUGUCAGCGGGCGGCUGCAGGUCGGCCAGGAGCUGGUCGAUUACCUGAGUGACCCCAGAAGGUCCAGCGAGGUGGUUCACGAUCACAAAAGCCAAGUGGACGGCAUCGUGGAUGAGCUAACGGGAUGGAUCAACUCCAGCAACUUCAAGGUUACACUACUUGGAUUAGAUAUUACAGGAGCACUUGUGGAUCGUAUUAAAGAUCGUUUUAAACCCCAUUUUGGAACAUUGCUGCCAGCACUUGUAGAUCGUUUAGGUGACACCAAAGAUCAAGUCAGAGAACAGACACAGAACCUACUUCUUCGUAUAAUGGAACAGGCUGCAUCACCCCAGUAUGUUUGGGAACGAUUAACAUCAGCAUUUAAACACAAGAACUAUCGAACUCGCGAUGGAGUCUGUCUUUGUCUCAUUACCACACUCACCAAUUAUGGAGCACAGUCAUUGACAUUAAGCAAAAUAGUACCACAUGUAUGCAAUCUCCUUGGGGAUCCAAAUAACCAGGUCAGGGAUGCAGCCAUGAAUACUAUGGUGGAGAUUUAUCGCCACGUUGGGGAGAAGGUCCGAGCUGACCUUAGCAGAAAAGGAGUUCCACAAGCACGUUUACAGAUACUGUUUGGAAAAUUUGAUGAUGUGCUGAAAUCUGGAAACAUGGUAUUGAGUUUCGGCCAUGAUAAAAGCUUCGAUGAUGAAGAGUCAGAGGAUGGAAGCAGACCAUCAGCGAGUUCUACACUCAAGGCAUCUGCUACCAAGAAAAUGGGAAGUGGAAGCAUUGGUGGGAAAAGAUCAGCUUCGGCACCUGGUUCCAAAGGGGCAUCAAAAGAUGGAGCACUGGAUGAGGAUGAUUUCACAAGAGCGUUUAAUGAUGUACCUACAGUGCAGAUUUUCUCCAACAGAGAACUUGAAGAAACAUUGAACAAAAUACGAGAAAUACUGUCUGAUGAUAAGCAUGACUGGGAUCAGCGAGCCCACGCCCUCAAGAAGAUUCGAUCGCUACUCAUUGCUGGAGCUGCAGAAUAUGACUGUUUUUUCCAACAUUUAAGAUUAUUGGAAGGAGCUUUCAAAUUAUCAGCUAAAGACCUCCGGUCACAAGUUGUCAGAGAAGCUUGUAUUACUGUAGCGCAACUGUCAACAAUUCUUGGCAACAAAUAUGAUCAUAGUGCUGAAGCCAUUGUGCCUACAUUAUUUAACCUGGUCCCAAACUGUGCAAAAGUGAUGGCAUCAGCUGGAGUAGCAGCAAUUAGGUGCAUCAUCCGUCACACCCAUGUUCCAAGGUUGAUUCCCUUAAUAACCAGCAAUUGUACUUCAAAAUCAGUGGCUGUGAGAAGGCGCUGUUAUGACUUUUUAGAUUUGUUGUUGCAGGAAUGGCAAACACACUCUCUAGAAAGGCAUGUGACUGUUCUGGUCGAGACCAUUAAGAAGGGCAUUUCGGAUGCUGAUGCAGAAGCCAGACAAGAAGCUAGAAAAACCUACUGGAGUCUUCGGAACCAUUUCCCUGGAGAGGCUGAUGCAUUGUACAACUCUCUGGAGCCUUCGUAUCAAAAAGGUUUUCAUCUGAAGAGUUCCAGCAGUGCAGCUUCGCUUCCUCACUCCGAUCGAUCAUCUUCCAGCUCACAAGAAAGCCUUAAUCGUGCCUAUCCAGCGAAGUGGUCUGUUGCAAGUGGAAGUACAUCAAAAGGUCCAAGUACAAAGUGUGCAGCUACUCCUGGUGGUUUGCAGCGCUCUAGAAGUGACGUAGAUGUUAAUGCUGCUGCAUCUGCAAAAUCACGGCACACCACUGGGCAGUCAGGGGCGAGCCGCUUAACUGCGUCCAAUGCACCUGCAGCUGCUUUUUCUUCACUCGAUGAUGCAUCUGACAAAACAGAUGGUCGAAUUCGAAACAGACAACUACUUUUGGGACCUGCCACUGGUGGUGGUGGUGGUGGAGACACUGCGGAUUCCAGAGGCCGAAGUCGUACCAAAGUGGUGUCACAAUCACAGCGUUUAACAUCCUCUGAAGAUAACAAAGGAUCACAGUCAGACAACCCAAAUUGUGCUGCCAGUCGCUCUGGUUCUCCUGGAAGAGUAUUAAGUAGCACAGCACUUUCAACGAUGAGCGUUGGGGCUCAGCGGGUCAUUCCCACUGUCGCUGCAGGGCAGAAACGCAGUAAGAUACCACGGAGUCAAGGAUGCAGCAGAGAAGCAAGCCCAUCUCGAUUGUCUUUGGUUCGGGGCAGCCGUAUCCCUCGACCUAGCGUAAGUCAGGGCUGCAGCAGGGAUGCAAGCCGUGAGAGCAGCCGGGACACCAGUCCUGUUCGAGCCUUUACUCCACUUGCUUCCAGACAUCACUCCAGAUCCACUGGUGCUCUCUACAGCUCAGAUACAUACUCAACUUCAGUCGGGUCUGAUCGUUAUGGGUUUAAUCACUCAAGUAAAUUGUCUGCAUCGGUGAGUGCCAUGCGAGUCCUCAAUACAGGAUCUGAUGUAGAGGAAGCUGUUGCAGAUGCAUUGCUCCUAGGAGACGUAAGGAGUAAGAAAAAGCCAACAAGGAAAAGGUACGAAUCAUAUGGAAUAUACUCAGAUGAUGAUGCCAACAGUGAUGCAUCUAGUGUUUGUUCUGAGCGUUCGUACAGUUCUCGAAAUGGCAGCAUCCCGACAUACAUGAGACAGACUGAAGAUGUAGCUGAGGUCCUUAACCGCUGCGCGAGCACCAAUUUUUCUGAACGGAAAGAGGGCCUGCUAGGUUUACAGAAUUUAUUGAAGAACCAACGCACAUUAAGUCGUGUUGAAUUGAAAAGAUUAUGCGAAAUCUUCACGAGAAUGUUUGCAGAUCCACACAGCAAGAGAGUUUUCAGCAUGUUUUUGGAAACACUGGUCGAUUUCAUUCAUGUACAUAAGGAAGACCUUCAAGAUUGGCUGUUUGUUCUGCUGACUCAAUUAUUGAAGAAAAUGGGUGCAGAUUUGCUUGGUUCUGUACAGGCAAAAGUACAGAAAUCACUUGAUAUAGCAAGGGAGAGUUUUCCAAAUGACCUUCAGUUCAGUAUUUUGAUGAGAUUCACAGUUGAUCAGACGCAGACGCCAAAUUUGAAGGUGAAAGUUGCCAUUUUGAAGUAUAUUGAGAUCUUGACCAUACAGAUGGACCCGGCAGAUUUUGUAAAUUCCAGUGAAACACGCCUGGCAGUAUCACGAAUUAUCACAUGGACAACAGAACCAAAAAGCUCCGACGUUAGAAAGGCAGCUCAGGCAGUUUUAAUAUGCUUGUUUCAACUCAACACUCCAGAGUUCAGCAUGCUACUUGGAGCCCUACCCAAAACAUUCCAAGAUGGAGCUACCAAACUUCUUCAAACACAUCUUCGCAGUUUAGGCAGUACCAUCCAGGGAUCUGGAAAUAGUUCCUUAGCCCGAAACGCACCACGUUCACCUGCAGGUUGGACCAGUCCCCUAACGUCACCAACCAACACAACUCAGAACGCUCUACCACCAAGCAGUGCAUUUAACUAUGAUGCAGAAAACAUGAACUCAGAAGAAAUAUACUGCUCUCUCCGAGGCAUGACGGAAGCAAUCCAAAACUUUAGCCUCCUUAGUCAAGAAGAAAUGAAUGAACCUUUGAGACGAGAUGCUAAAAAAGAGGAGGAUAUGGAACAGAUCACUGCUGGAGUUGCUGAUGUUAGAGGAGCUGGUGACACCACUGACUCAGGACGAAUUGCCCUUGACAAUAAAACUUCUAUGCUUAACACCAUGUCCCAGCGCAGUGGCUCCCGACCACGCGACUACAGUCCCUUCAACUGUACAGAUAGCACUUCUGUCAAUAAAUCUGCCUUAAAAGAAGCCAUGUUCGACGAUGAUGCCGAUCAAUUUCCUGAUGAUGCUUCUUUGGAUCAAUCCGAUUUGGUUGCGGAGCUGUUGAAGGAACUUUCCAAUCACAAUGAGAGAAUAGAGGAACGCAAAGCAGCAAUGUAUGAACUACUUAAAUCGAUUCAAGAAGAGUCAUUGGGAGUGUGGGAUGAACAUUUCAAAACUGUUUUGCUGCUGCUUCUCGAGACACUUGGAGAUAGAGAGCACACAAUCAGAGCUUUGGCACUGCGGGUUUUAAAAGAGAUUUUGAAACAUCAGCCAGAAAGAUUCAAAAAUUAUGCGGAACUCACUAUCAUAAGAACAUUGGAAGCUCACAAAGAUCCCCAAAAAGAGGUGGUAAGAGCUGCUGAAGAAGCUGCAACAGCCCUGGCCACAUCUAUCAACCCUGAGCAAUGCAUUAAAGUACUUAGUCCUAUUAUCCAAACUGCAGAAUGCCCCAUCAACCUUGCAGCCAUCAAAAUGCAAACCAGGAUCAUCGAGAGAGUCCAUAAAGAGACUCUAAACCAGUUAUUACCUGAAAUUAUUCCCGGGUUGUUAAUGGGUUAUGACAACACGGAGAGCAGUGUUCGUAAAGCAAGUGUGUUUUGCCUCGUAGCCAUUUAUUCAGUUAUUGGUGAAGAUCUUAAACCCCAUCUUGGCCAACUCACGGGCAGCAAGAUGAAAUUGUUGAACUUGUACAUUAAACGUGCACAAACUGGUUCCAGCACAAGUGGUUCGGCAUCAGACCUCACUAGUCAGAGCUAGAGUUUAGCAGCUGCUUUAAAAUAGGUCUUCUGGGGAAGGAAGAACUAGCUCUUGUGUGGAACUUGAUUCAUCACGACUGGAACAGCAAUGACUUCCCUCAGUCUGCAUGUGACUGUUGCACCAACAUUUUUUCCAGAUUUGAGGAGACAGUACUAGCCAGUCCAGAUAACACUCAAACCUUCUCACCCAAGAUCUCUGCGUCUUAUAACUGAAGUUUACCAGUAUUACUGUCAUAUAAAUGAAAUGCUAAUUAUGAUUAAAAAGGAAUGCAUUCAGCUUCAGAAAAGUUUUUUUUUGCUUCUAUCCAGCAGCUUUAUUGUUUCCAUUUGCAGCAUAAUUUGCUUCUGGUUAGAUUUCACUAAUAAUCACUGAAGCAGAAGCCUCCAGUAAACCAAACGGAACCAGAUUGAAGCAGAAACAAACUGCCUUGUUUCGAGUAUAUGCUGUCAUAACAAAGCUUUAGGGAUUGUAACUUUGUUUCAUGCAGAGCCAGGAUCUAGUAUGAUCUGGUUUUGUGUGUAACUUACCUUUUCACCAAUUAGCUCUGCUGUUACUUCAACACAAGUAAUGCAAACUAUACAGAAGGAAGGUGGAAGAGUUGAGCAUUCCUGAAAAGCAACUACCCAACUAGAUGAGUUUUUUUCUCAGCAGUAAGAUAAAGUGUCUAUGUGUUCCCAAAUGGAUAUGAACCACACAUGCCAUCACACCUUCUUCAAGCAGGGUGCAUCGGAAUGGAGUGCUCUCCACAAGCACACUCAGUACGUAACAUUUAUAUCUAGUAUGUAUUUCUUGUUCUCAUAAAAUGCAGGUGUUCUUCAGGUAGAAAUGCUGUUGAGGGCUUUGCCUCAGCAGUAACUUUAAGUAAAUAGACACCAAUAACAGUGAUAGUUGUUACUGGACUGCUUGUCUGUAUUGACUGCAUUUGGAUUUUCCAGGAAUCUCACAUGCAGUACGAAAGUCAAACGAUUUUGAUAGUGUCCAUUGUGGAAAGCAAGUAUGACUGAUAAAUAGAAAAACGGCAGCAGUUUACAUUAGUAUUUUCUCUACCUCCUGUAGCAAAUACCUGCUAAGUUCCACUUUUUAAGAAAAAACAAACAAAAUUUUAAAAAUAUGAAAAUACUAAAAUACAAAAAAAAUGCUAUUAAUUGGUAGCUAAUUUGAGUCAUAAAUCUCCUUCAAGUGACUAACAUUGUCAGACAAUACUGGAACGUAAUUUGUUGCCAGCUGUUCAAAGAUGAUGAUGCUCAUGGAGCUGGAUGUGUAAAGCUGCAGAGAAUGCACCAAGUGAAAUGAAAUCUAACCAAAAAAGCAAAACAUGAAUCUGAUGGUUGUUUUGCUGCUGUUAGAAAAAUUGCUCUUUUUUGUUUUACGGAAAAUUUAUAUAAAUUUAUUUAAAGAUUUUAAGGGAACCGUUUAUCUGUCAUCACAGUUUUUAAGCCCCUGCAUCAAGAAUAUAGUGGUACGUGAAUGUUUAUUUGGACAACACUAUUAUUUGAUGUAUUUAUAGUUAUGUGCUUACAAAUGUGCAUACACUGGCAAUAAACUGUAUAUAUCAUCAA